GCCGCGGGUUCCGGGUCCCAGUGAAGUGUUACCUGGGGGAGGCGGGAUCCGGUGGGUGGCCCACGCGCGCGGCGACACUGUCCGGGGACUGCUGUAGCUCCAGUCCUCCAGUCCAAGGGCAUACAGCAUAAUGGAGUAUAUGACAGAAUCCACCGAUCGCACCCCUGGACACAUCUUGUGCUGCGAAUGUGGUGUUGCAAUUAGUCCAAAUCCUGCCAAUAUUUGUGUGGCCUGUUUGAGAAGUAAAGUAGACAUCAGUCAAGGCAUUCCGAAACAGGUCUCUGUAUCUUUCUGCAAGCAAUGCCAAAGAUAUUUCCAGCCACCAGGAACUUGGAUACAGUGUGCAUUAGAAUCCAGAGAACUUCUUGCUCUGUGUUUGAAAAAAAUUAAAGCCCCUCUGAGUAAGGUCCGGCUUGUAGAUGCGGGCUUUGUUUGGACUGAGCCCCAUUCUAAGAGACUCAAAGUUAAACUGACUGUUCAGAAAGAGGUGAUGAAUGGCGCCAUCCUUCAGCAAGUGUUCGUGGUGGAUUAUGUUGUUCAGCCCCAAAUGUGUGGAGACUGCCAUAGAGUAGAAGCUAAGGAUUUCUGGAAGGCCGUGGUCCAAGUCAGGCAAAAGACUUUGCACAAAAAAACUUUCUACUACCUGGAACAGUUAAUUUUGAAAUAUGGAAUGUCUCAGAAUACACUUCGUAUUAAAGAGAUUCAUGAUGGACUGGAUUUCUAUUAUUCUUCAAAGCAGCACGCUCAGAAGAUGGUAGAGUUCCUUCAGUGUACAGUCCCCUGUAGGUACAAAGCUUCACAGAGACUGAUCUCUCAGGAUAUCCAUAAUAACACAUACAAUUACAAAAGCACUUUUUCUGUGGAAAUUGUUCCAAUAUGCAAGGAUAAUGUUGUUUGUCUGUCUCCAAAACUGGCACAAAGCCUGGGAAAUAUGAACCAGAUUUGUGUGUGUAUUCGUGUAACCAGCGCCAUCCAUCUCAUAGAUCCAGACACCCUGCAAGUUGCAGAUAUAGAUGGAAAUACUUUCUGGAGUCACCCUUUCAAUAGUUUAUGCCAUCCCAAACAGCUGGAGGAAUUUAUUGUGAUGGAAUGCAGCAUAGUUCGAGAUCUAAAACGCAAAGCAGGUGCCGGAAUGGUAUCAAAAAAGCAUACCCUUGGGGAAGUCUGGGUACAGAAAACAUCUGAGAUGAAUACAGAUAAACAGUAUUUUUGUCGCACUCAUUUGGGACAUCUUCUGAAUCCUGGAGACCUGGUGUUGGGAUUUGAUUUGGCAAACUGUAACUUAAAUGAUGAGCAUGUCAACAAAAUGAAAUCAGAUAGAGUCCCAGAUGUGGUAUUGAUCAAGAAGAGCUAUGACCGCACAAAACGUCAGCGUCGUAGAAACUGGAGACUGAAAGAGCUUGCGAGAGAGAGAGAAAACGUGGAUACAGACGACGAAAGACAAUACCAAGAUUUCCUUGAAGAUCUUGAAGAAGAUGAGGCAAUUAGAAAAAACAUCAACAUUUACAGAGAUCCCACCAUUCCUGUGGAAGGUGACACCGAUGAUGAAGGAGCACCUCGAGUUAGUCUGGCUGAGAUGCUUGAAGACCUUCACAUUUCCCAGGAUGCCACUGGUGGAGAAGGUGACUCGAUGAUGACGUGAUGGGCUCGGCACGUUGGAGAAGACGACCCUUUGUUUCAUCUGUGCCUCCGUAUCAGAGAGAAGUUUAGUUUUAAACCCGAAUAAAUACGGCUGUUUUGAUUGUUCACUCAAAGUGCUGGAGAUUGAUGGCUUUUAAAUUUUAGGUAAGAAACGUUAUGGAGAAUAUUACUAUUACUUGUAUUUAGGCCACUUUAGGUACAGGGUUUUAUUGGUUUGCUGUUUUCUGAGACACAAGUAUUUUUGCAUAACAUUAGUGCUGUAUUUAAAAAAUUUAAAAGUUGUGAUUCCUUAGAUGUUACCUAAAUCUGCAAGCAUAAAACAAGCUUUUACAUUUUUUUACAUUGAUUACUUUAGUAAAAAAGGAUAUGAAGAAUAAUUUUUAAUGUGAACUUGUUACUUUGAUUCACUUGAAGUAGGAAGUUAGGGUUCAGUUUAUCACUGGACAUUAAGGGGGAAAGUUAAUCUUUUUUAUUAACAUCUUUAAAUUUUAAAAAAAAAUUACUUGUUGAUUUUGGAGAGAGAGAGGAAGGGGGAGAGAGAGAAACAUCGAUUUGCUGUUCCAGUCAUUUGUGCAUUUGUUGGUUGCUUCUCAUAUAUGCCCUGACUGGGGGAUCGAACCAGCAACGUUGGUGUGUUGGGACAACACUCUAACCCACUGAGCUACCUGGCCAAGGCUGCUAAUAUCUUUACAAGUUGAUAAAUCGGAGGUUAUUUUAAUUUUUAUUGCAGAAAAAAUAUGUUAAUUAUUUGUAGAUUUGUAGCAAACAUAGACCACUUAUUUUAAGGUUAAAUAAUAAUUUAUACCAUUGCUAUUUUUGCCCAUGCCAGCAGGUUGUGGCAGUAGCUGCUUAUGUCAAAAAAUGUCUUCCUGUCAUUUCAAGGAUUUUCCUUUUAAAAUUUUGGUGUACAAAUUGAGAAGGAAGGCAUUGUCUCUAUGUUUCUGUCACUGAACACAACCAUCACAAAGAGUAUUAGAAUCCAGCAUGUAGAUGAUGAAACAGUAAAAAUGGUCUUUGUGCUUUAUAAAGCCACGAGUCAGCUAUGAAUGAGGAGUGCCUUCCGCAUCCUUUAAAAAAACAGCUGGCUUGGGUUUUGAAGUGUUUUGAGAAUGAACUAGUAAGAUCGUAUUUCUCUGAGAAGAUCAUACUGACUAAGUGUGCCAGAACUAAGAGCUAUUUAAAAACUUGAAGUAUACCAACCCCUACAUAAGGAAACUGAGUGUUGAAGGGAACGUUUUCCGUUUUUUAAAGACUGGACUCCUUAGUUCUGAAGUUAUGAAUAAAGGUCCGAACCUUCUGUAUGGCUUCUUUUCUGUCUGUGUUUGCCUGUUCUUUGUCAAGACUUUGAAAAACAUGAAAAUAAAAACAUUUUCUCUA